AUGGUCUGUUUCUCCUACUGGUACGUGAGCAUGGUGAGCGCGGGUGUCCCUGGUGCCCACUGUGGGGCUCGGCGAGUGGCCCGUCCUCCGUCAGUGUUUACUGAACGAGUGGAGGAAACGUACAUGAAGCAGAUGACAUUGUGUUUAACUCUGGCCGUGGGCUUCCCCUGUGACUUGACCCCCGUGGAAGGCUGGUUUGCCCUCGAAGGACAGCGAGAAACUGUGUCUUCAAUGGCUUCAUUGGUGGCUUAUGAUGACUCGGACUCCGAGGCUGAGAGCGAGCCUGCGGGAAGCUUUAGUGCUGCCAUCCAGAUGAGGGACAUUUGCAAUGUGGUUGAACCUCAUGGCCAGGAUUUCGCACCGGGAGUCCUGGAUGGGACAGAAGGGGGCGCGCUGCCCACAGAGCACGGUUCUUGUGAAGACCCAGCUGGCCGUCGUCUCCCACUGGCUCGACUCUGGAGGAAGGACCCAGGAUCCUGCCCCAGCCAGAGGCUACAGUGGCCCAGAACAGAGCCUGAAGUCACCGUCCCCACAAGCGAGCCCCCUCGUCCUUCCCUGUGGACCAGCCACGUUCCUGCUGGCCAUGUGCCCCUGGCAGCCGCCCGCUUGAAGCAGGAGAAACUCUCCUGGGGAACUUAUGACCCCCCUGCACCAUCUUUCUGUGCCCCAAGCAGAUCUGAAGCCCCAGGUAAAAAUGGCAGCUCUCUUCAUAAGAAAAGGAGUGAGGACUGUGUUGUACCCUACACCCCGAAAAGGCUGAGACACUUGCAAGCACUAAGCACAGAAAUGGGCAGGAGCAAAGAUGCAGAGGCACGGGGUCCCUCUGCGGGGCUCCCCCCACGCCCUCUCUGCAUGGCUCCCCGAGUGUCCGAGUUCAUUCAGCCGUAUCUGGACACGCCGUAUAAAGAGACCCAGAUUUCCCAGAAGGUGCUCUUCUACCUGAGAGGCCACAGGGGCCCCAUCAGCAGCAUCCAGUGGUGUCCAGUUCCUUCAAAGAGCCACAUGUUUCUCUCGGCGUCGAUGGAUAAAACCUUCAAGGUGUGGAACGCAGUGGACUCGGGGAGCUGCCUGCAAACCUACUCCCUGCACAGCGAGGCGGUGCGGGCUGCCCGGUGGUCCCCCUGCGGCCAGCGCAUCCUCAGCGGUGGCUUCGACUGCGCCCUGCACCUCACAGACCUCGAAACAG